AUGAAAAAGAGUAUUUACUGCUUGAAACAAUACCACACAAUAUCAUUUGGUGGGUGGCUACACAAUUAUUUUUUGUCUUUUUUUGGUACUACAGAAGCUUUUCUCCUGGCUGCCAUGGCCUAUGACCGCUUCAUUGCCAUCUGUAAUCCUCUUCUCUACUCUGCGAGUAUGUCUCACUGGGUCUGUGGAUUAUUAGUGUCAGGGUCCUACUCAUGGGGUGCAGUGAAUGCUGUCACUCAAACCACAAUGACCUUCACUUUGUUCUUUUGUGGGUCCAAUGAAAUCAAUGACUUCUUCUGUGAUGUCCUACCACUAUUAACCCUCUCCUGUUCAGAAACAUUUGUAAACCAGCUGGUUCUUCUUGGUUUAUGUGGUUCCAUUAUCAUCAGUACCUUCUUGACUGGUUUUGUUUCAUACAUCUAUAUCACUUCAACAAUAUUGAAGAUCUGCACAGUGCAGGGACGCCAGAAAGCCUUCUCUACAUGUGCCUCCCACUUGAUUGGUAUGUGCUGGUUUUUUGGUACUGUUUUCUUCAUGUAUGCACAGCCCAGUGCUGUCUCUUCCAUGGAGCAGAGCAAAGUGGUGUCUAUCUUCUACACUAUUGUCAUUCCUAUGUUGAACCUCCUCAUAUACAGUCUGAGGAACAAAGAUGUCAAGCAAGCUCUGAUAAGAAGCAAACAGCGAUUCUCCACCUGAUUCAGCAGAUGUGGGUUUCACAAACUAA